AUGCUGAUGGCAAAUCCCACAAGUCAUUUUAAAAAAGAGAGAGAGAGAGAGAGAGAGAGAGAGAGAGAGAAAUGGGUAAGAAAUAUGGACAUGUGGCAGGAAGAUGCCUGGAAGCUCCAGAAGGGGCAUAUAAAAGACUAUGGAAGAUACGCUACAUUAUUAUUAGUUAUUUGAUUUCCUACCUGCCCUUCACCAUAAGGUCUCAGGGCAGGUUAUGGCAAUUUAAAAAUACAGUACUAAAAACAAAUUACAGCCCCAAGAACGGACUCAUGGGUUUUCUGAGAUGGGGUAGAAAAGUCCUGUGGCAUUUUAGAGCCUAACAAUUAAUCCUAAACCCCUUAAAAGCCUUUGUUGCUUUGCUGCAACGGAUCAACAAAGCUACCCCACCCCCGACCUUGUAGUAGAGGUAAUAAAACUACAUUUCCCAUAAUGCCUUUCUUUACUCUUCAACUCCACCUUCUUCCUUCCUGCCUUUUAUAAUCCAGUUUAUGCAAGGGGUCUUAUAGCAGAACUUCCAAGCUGACCGGCACUCUCCUUCCCGAAGCAUGGUCUGACUUAUAAUUGGUGGUACGUAUAGGGUCUGCAAAUGGAGGCAAGGGGAGCCCGGACUCCUGGGUUCCUUUAGAAUCGGGAGGGGGGGGGCACAUUGUGUGAAGGCAGAAAGCUAGGAAGUCAGUGCUCACUAGACUAGAGGCUGGAUUCCUGGGCAGGAGCCAGUACCAGCCACACAGAUGUGUCCAGCUCCUCCAGGGAAAUAACAGAUUUCCUCUCUUCAAUUCAGUUUGCCGCUAUGUGGCGAGGAGAAUAGCAGCAUCGCUGCGCAACGAGGAUCUGGGGGAGCCUGUGUUGGCGUGCAAGAAUGGGGUGUGCCCGCUGGGUAAGUGACCCCCCCACCCUACCCUGUCUCCCUGCCAGCCGUAAUCUUCUGGAAGAUCCCCCUUCCAGGAAAUGCGGCCUCUGCUUAAGCCCCUUCCUUAAACCACCCCCUAAAAAAAGAAUCACAAAACCUUUUAUGUAAAUCCCUUAAUCUUUGUCUCAAUUGGCCCCCGCCCCCCCUGCAACGAAACCCAAAACACAUGUGGCUUCAUCUGCUGCUCUCAAUGACUCCUUCCCCCUGCAGCCACCCCCGUUGCUUUUCGCAUUGUCAAUUUUAUUUUUCGUUUGUUGUCCAAAAUCUUCCCAGACAAGACCUUCUUUCAUAAUCAUAGUCUUGCUUGGGGUUGGGGAAUGCAAGUGCUUUUCAUGCCUUACUAUGAGGCAGAGUGUGGCAGUUGCCACAGGCAGCAGAUUCCAUCUUAUUUACUAAAGGUGUUUAAAUAUGGCUUAAAUUACCGAAGUCUCUAAGCAAUGCACAUAAAAGUUAUUUUUUUAAAAAAUAGCGUUCCAACUGAUCAUCAAAACAGAAAAUGUCAGCUGUAGGAGAAAGGUAUUUUUCAGUCCUGGAACAGCUCAGUCGGUAGUGCACGAGGAGACUCUUAAUCUCUAGGUCGUGGGUUUGAGCCCCACACUGGGCAAAAUAUCUCUCCAUUGCAGGGGGUUUGACUAGACAACCUUCGUGGUCCCUUCCAACUCUAUUCUAUGAUUCUAAGGUACCUGAAAGAAGAAGAUGUCUUUGCCAGGCGUUCAAUGGGAAGGGGGCCUGUAUACUCUCAGCUGGGAGGCAGCUCCACAGAAUCGGGCAAAUACAGGUGAAACUCGAAAAAUUAGAAUAUUGUGGGAAAGUUUGUUUAUUUCAGUAAUCCAACUUAAAAGGUGAAACUUUUAUAUGAUAUUGACUUAUGACAUGCAAAGCGAGAUAUGCUUCUACUUCUCAGAGGUCCAAUCUUGCUCGAUUUGCAAUCCUUGUUUUGCUGAUUUCAUUGAAUAUUCUAAUUUUCUGAGAUUGUUAAUUUGGGGUUUUCAUCAGCUGUACGCCAUGAUCAUCACAAUGAUAACAAAGAAAGGCUUGACAUAUCUCACUUAGCAUGUCAUGAGCCUAUCUCAUAUAUUAGUUUCACCUUUGAAGUUGAAUUACUGAAAACAAUGAACUUUUCCACAAUAUUUUUAAUUUUUCGAGUUUCACCUGUAAUACUUAAUGCAGUGCUUCUGGUGGAAAUGAGCCACGCAUCUGAGCCAUCGGGGGCCACCAGCAGCAACUCCUCUGAAGAUCUCAGUGAUUUGGGCAGGGAUAUGGGCACAAAUCUUGGAGGAUAGGGAGAGGCAGCAUGGUGUUGGACGACAGCUCUGUCCAUCUCCAGGUAUCUUGUUAUCAUUCUCCUGGCAUUGCCAAAGAUCAAGUAGAUCAGGGACGAGAAGCCUGUGGCCCUCCAGAAGUUGUUGGACUACAGCUCCCAUCAUCCCUGGGGCUGAAGAGAGCUGGUAGUCCAAAACGUUUGGAGGGAGGAACCAGGUUAGUAGUUCUGGAUUAGCCUUUGCUAACAGUGAAGAUCAGGCAUUAAUAUCAGCAUUCUUGACAGCCUGGGCAGCAUCCACAUAUCUUAUUGUUGUCUUUUCUUAUAGGCAAGCAAAAAAGCACAAUGCCGCCAUCUACUAG